AAGCAACAACAUAUAACAAUACACCAAAAUAAUAUUGAACCCAACAUAUAGUAAAAAUUUAAGCACACUUAAAUCCACUCCAACGCAUCCAAGCCCGAUUUCAACAUAGAAAGCAUAGAUUCGCGUCGCCUACUUGCUGAAAGCAAAAAUGGAAUGAAAUUCUAUGAGUUCGUGAUUGUCACCUUUAAUAAACUACAACAGCCCGAGGAGUAUAAAUAGAACUCGUGAGUAGAAGAGUUUGUAACCGUCGUUUGUGAUUUUACUCCAAAGGAUUGACCUCCCAAGAUUAAGACAUGUGUGUACUGAACAAUCGAACAAUGAAAUCUUAAUUACAAUAUGGAACAACAAAAAAAGGUUUCGCCCAAACUGAGAAAACUGUAAAAAGGAAGGUUCCUGGAACUGGGGCUGGUAGGCUGGUUUGUAGAUGGGAUGGUGCCACUAAGUGCGGGUCGCAUUCAGCAGGAGGGAUGGUCCUCUUAGACCAGGACGGUCAUUUGGUGGUGGAGUUGCUCGUUCUCCGGGAGGCGAUCCUUUGGUGCUUAGGUAUGGGGCUUUCGACAGAUCGCUUUGAGGGGGAUGCUAAGGUGGUGAUCGACAAGAUUCUGCAAGCAGAUAACAAGGAUAGCCGAAUGGGUGUGAUUCUGGAGGAGGUUAUAGGCUACCUUUCGGCUCAUCGUGGUUUAAGUGUGCGAUUUGUAGGUCGUAGGAACAAUCGGGUGGCCCAUAUGGUGGUCAAGAAAGCCCUUUUAUUGUACCCGGCUGUAAGUCACUGUUUUGAUUUCACUGGCUGGCUUCAAGCCAGGAUGUAACUAUCGUUUCUAUCAAUAUAUCUAAUUAUCUUUGGUAAAAAAAAAAAGAAGGUUCCAUAUCCCAUUCUUGAUCAGUGGAGGAAACUAAUGGGUGAAUUUCAUAUAAAGUGGUAGCGCGGAAUGAAAGUUCAUUGAAUAGUUUUGUCUGAUAUUGAUCGAGUUGAAGCCAAUUUUGUUGGGUUUUGAUAAAUCCGGGUGAAAUCCUAAACGAGUGUGUGGUGGGAUUUAGGUCCGAGACAACCCCCCCAUUUAACGACCUUGGGAGAGGGCCUCCCACGUCGAGAUGACAAUGGACCGAUAAAAUAUUCAAUAAAGCAGAUACAUAAAAAAAUCGAUAAAAUUCAUUGGGUUUUAAAAGGAAAACUCAACUCAAUCUAACUAGUACUAUAAUGGCCCGUUCACUUGUCAUUCCGUUUCUUAUAGAUUUCUCAACAGAAAACAAAAUAAAAUGAAAACGAAACAAAAUUCCAUAAAUAUAUUACCAUAAAGACUACAACAUCCAUAAAUUAUCCAUAUUGAUUAGACACAAAACGAUGUCGUUUUACUUUCAAGGGUGUGAGUAUGGUGUCAAAAUUCAACCCGCCAAUUUUAAAAAGCGGGUAAAACCUGCACGUGAGCCAAAACCAGUCAAAACUGAGUCUUACCCCCUUUGACCAUAUUGGGUCUGGUGUCCAUAGAUCCAAAUUCAAUGGUCAACCCUAGUCCCACACAAUCAUACAAAAAUCAAUGUUGGAUAUGUGAAUCUAACAAGCAAAUAAAAUGAGUUCCACCCCUUAUGAGCUAAAUAAUCAGGAAGGAAAUAAGCUUUCUGAUACACAUGAGAAAUAGUAACCUUCCAGUCACGGACUACCAACGUACGUAAGGAAUGAAUCAAGUUCGCAUAUUGGUUAUCCACCGACCCUGUAGUCGAAAAGAGGGUCACUAUAGUAGCAAAGUCUGUCUGAAGGGUGACGAGAUAAUAGCCACCAUCCCAAGAGAACUCCAAUCCAUAGUGCAACCCAAACUUAUGUGCGAGUGAUCGUGCAUUUUUUCACAUAAAUUGUGUAGGCUCACUAAUAAGCAAUCCUGCUAGGCUCUAAGCACACCUUCUGCAGCGAUAGACCCCAAUAGUCUUAACAACGAUCUAUUAGAGUUUAAUGUGGUUCACUUUGUCUGGGCCGAUUUUCAUGACACCAUGAUCAAGCUUCGACGAGGCUUCAACGAUGAUUUUCAGCACUAGUUUAUUAGGAGCUUUCAUAGUGUCCGAGAAAAAAUAGAUCGUCCCGGAAAUUCCAAAGGAACCAGCAUGCAAGCCAAAUCAUACAUGAUGCGGCGAGCUAGGAAGAUGUGAUUCAUCCAAAAAAAAACAAAUUAGGAAACGGUGAUGCUGUAGUGUCCAGCAGUAUCCGUUGCUAGACCUCUCUCGCCCGUGGGUAGUCUCGCAUAAUAUUUCCAAUGGUCUCCGCAGUAGUAACCAGUAAGCAUCAUGGACAAUGAAUGGAACCCGCAAUGUCUCGUCGUCUUCCCUCGACAUUGGUGAGCAGACGGUUAUGUGAAGUUAUCUAUAGGAAGGUCACAGCUUCUACGGUGCUCUGAUCUCGUCAAACUCUUCACAAUAAAAAGAUAAAUAUAUA